AAACAAGACCGUUUUGAGUUCAUAACGUCACGUUCACAGGAUCAAGAUAAUGCACCCGAGCGAUGUUUUAUCGAAUGGCAAUAUUUUUCUUCUUUCGAGUGAUAGGUGGUGAGUGUAUCGUCAUUUCAAUCCAAAAAUGAACCGGGACAUCCCUAUCCACAGCUGGCCUGGUUCCUACUACAUCAACAAUGAAAAACGAUGGGAAAAUGGCACCCUGUCCCUCACCCGAACCACGGUGCGCUUCACCUCUGACCAGAGCAAGGAGAGCCUGGCAAGCUUCCGCCUCUCCCACAUCAUGGAGAUCAAGAUGGAGUCGUCCAGCUUCAUCUUCAGUACCCUCACAGUGCUGGAGCAGGGCAAUGUGAAGCAUUGGUUUGGGUCGCUAAAGCCCAAUAGGGUGGUGGUUUACAAUGUCCUGGAGCAUUUCUGGAGAGAACGCCUUCUGUCGCCUACUGCAGAAGCCCGGGGGGCCGAGUCGCAGCCCUCCAAAGGCAGGGAGCUAAUUAACCUGGUGGCAGGUGCCCAGAGAAGACUAGAAGACACAGGAAGAGUCAUCAACCACCAGGGAGAGCAGUUUGACAACAUGAUGGAGGGACUGGAAAAGAUUGACUCUGAUUUGGGCGUAGCAGACAAGCUUUUGUCAGAACUGGAGUCUCCCUCCUGGUGGCCAUUUGGCAAAAUUCCCUGGAGGACCCAGCAGGCAGCUAAGGCCGAGGAAGCUGCGAGAGUUGCUGGUGCCACUUCUGGGAAGGGUUCAGGUAGGCACAAAGAAAUCACCAGCAUCCCAGCCGUGGUAUCUAGAGGUGGAGGCUCAGACCUGAAGCCUGGAUCCUUGUUGGUGCUGGUGUCAUCCCUGGAAGUGCGAGACACAAACUACCAGCUCCUUCACCGAUUUGAAAGGAACGAGGUUGACGACAUCAGAGUUCACAACCCAUACGAGAUCAGCAUUAGACAGCGGUUCAUCGGAAAGCCAGAUAUAUGUUACCGGCUACUGUCUGCCAAGAUGCCAGAGGCGAUGUCAGUGUUGGAGAUGCAAUAUAAAAAGAAGCUUGAGUACACCGGUGAAUAUGCUACCUUCAAGGCAACUCCAGUCACAUCUCCAUGUGACAUAGAACAUUCAAUAUGCAAUGAAGGCUUGCUACAGAGGUGCCAGGAGACAGAACUGCCUUUGGCAGUCCCAGCAGGGGAGCUGUCCCAGUUGCAGGUGCAUGUACUCCAGCCAGCUGUCAGUCAAGCUGAGGCCCAGGAACUCAAACAGAUGCUGAUGCAGCUGAAGAACCUGGCUCUAGAGGCGGAGACGGAGCUGGAGCGUCAAGACGAGGUGCUAGAUGUCCUGACCAACUCCACAGACCGGGCCACCAUGCACAUAGACAAGCACACCUGCCGCAUGAAGAGACUGCUCUAGCUUGGGCAAUCCAUUAUGGGUGUUACUAAGAUAUCACUACUAAACCACUGUCCACGGGUCCCAGUUGUCAGUUACCCUCUCUCCCUGGAUACCGUUUCUCCCGGCUCCACAUUGUUGCAUGUCUCAAUAUCGCUGUUGUUCAUUGCAUCAAGUGCAAAUGUCCCAUCACUACAGGGGAAUUAUAUCAAUAUAUAAGGAGGGGACUUUAAACGUGCUACAAAUGUACAGAAGCCUUGCAAAUCACACAAGUGAAAACACUCCUUUUCUCAAGCCUAAAUUAUUUAAGUAGAAAAUACUACAUAGCUUAGUUAAGCGCUGCUGUAGCAGCUUACUUUAGAUCAACAUUUACAACAGUGUUGGCAUCGUCAUGAAUCUGCAUUAUCUGUAAAUGACUUGAAUAUACUGUAUCUCAUUAUCCUGUAAUUCUCUUGUGGGCUGUUGUUGUGAACUUUGAAUGAGGUCUUAAAUAAAUUCAACACAUAUGUUAGAUGUUUUACAUUAACAGUGUAGUUGCUGCAUCCUAAAAAAGCACUUAAUUGUUCUUUUUUUUGCUGAUUAUACCAGUUUAAUCUUGUCCCAUUAGACUCGCUCAGAGCUGAAGCAAACACUACUUCGAAAAAAUAUCCCAGUCUUCACAACCAAUUCAUUCCUGAACGUAAAAGGAAAUGUAGAAAAUCCCCUCCCCCUUAAUUUUAAAGCGUAAAACCAGAAAUAAUGCAAUUGAAAGGUCUUUUUAGGGAAAGUUUUUCUAGUUUCACCAAUCAGAUUCACAGUAUACCUGACUGCUAAAACCUUAAAGUGGAAAUACAAAUCAGGUGCCAUCAACAAAACAAAGGGUUCAGGUAAAUUAGAAAUAUCUUCUGACUUUCUAUCUUAGUUUAGUUUCUAUGUAUCUUGCAUGAUGCAGCGUUAUAUAUGGAUACAGUUUUUAUAAUAAUUUUUACCCAAUCUAAGCAAGAGAUCUUUGGGAUUACCCUGUUUGAGUGGCAGGAAUGUACCUUGAAGACCAAUUUUUCCUCUUCUGCAUAAAGUAUAUAUUAAAUUUGCAUUUGUAUCCACAAAUAAUGAACCGUAAUGCUUUUACAUGCCGUCCAACGCUUGAUUAAAUCCGUUAUUUUAACACUGACAACGGCACAGACUCUUGACAGCCUGCACAGUCACAGAUACUGGACAUCUGUAGAGGUCCCAACAAGGUACCCAGCCUCUAUGAAGACCUGUGGGAUGACCCAAAAUCCUGCAAAUUCUGUCUGAACUAUUCAAGACAGAUUUCUGUCUCCCCGUCCUUGUAGACUUCUGCAUGCAUGCACAAGAAAACACACAAUCGCAACCAAAUGGACCCCUCACUUGAUUUCAUCACUUUGAGCAUGAAGGCUUUUCUGUUUUUGUUUUAAUAUCCCAUCUGUACUUUAUGGUUGUAUUUUGACUAUUUUCCAGGUUAUGUUUAGUUAUUCAGAUUCUGUUCUCCAGUCCAGCUGUGUCUUUGGAAGUGACUUUUUUUUCUCUUGUUUGCUUCAUUUGAUAUUUUUGUGGUGACAUGG